UUGAAUCGGGGCGGGAGCGGCCGGCCGCGGUGCGCGGAGCGGAAGGUGGCUGGCGGCGGCGGUAGUGGUAGUAGUAGUAACAGUAACUGUUUUUCGUCAUGGACUUCGAUGCGACAGUCCAGGAGGGGCUGCGGCGCAGCAACGCCCGCUUCGUGGCAUCUAUGACCCGCAUCAUUGAGCAAUACAAUCGUCCGUUCAAAGAUGACGUACUGAUUUCCAUAGCUUCUCUGACGUAUGAUACCUCUGAUGGACCUAAACAAUGGGAUAAAGUAUCAAGAAAGGACGUUAAAACCUGGAAGAAAAAAAUAUUAAAGUGUAAUAGACGAAGUCCAAGGCACACAGACAAGAAGAGCUGUGAUUUUCAAGAUGAACACUCAACAGUGGUGGACCAGGAAUCUUCUGAGAACCCUUGUGCGGUUACAUCUGAUACAGGUGAAGAAAGUGGUGACAUAGCCUCAGUAGGAAGAAAAUUUGAAGGAAUUCACCUCAAGAAUCUGAAUGUAGAUGAUGGACAAACCCUAAAGAAAAAGAGAGUUCCAGUGGAUGUGAUAGUACAAGGUGAUGAGAGAAAUAUUCCCAAGUGGAUAACGAUAACAACUCCAAGUUCAUCAAAAAGUCGUCGUUCAACUUUGCCAGGGCAAGAACUGCUUGGUGAAGAAAGUGGUGACAUAGCCUCAGUAGGAAGAAAAUUUGAAGGAAUUCACCUCAAGAAUCUGAAUGUAGAUGAUGGACAAACCCUAAAGAAAAAGAGAGUUCCAGUGGAUGUGAUAGUACAAGGUGAUGAGAGAAAUAUUCCCAAGUGGAUAACGAUAACAACUCCAAGUUCAUCAAAAAGUCGUCGUUCAACUUUGCCAGGGCAAGAACUGCUUGGUACAAUUAAGUCUCUUGUCUGUUGGUCAAAUGUAUUUGUUUAAAAAUGUGGAUUUCUUAAAAUUCAUUAGAAAAAAUAUUUCGCUUUUGGGGCGGGUUUGGCUCUGUAUCCCCAUAUAACUACUCAAUUGCAAUAAUUUGUGGCCAUAGAUUUAUGACUGGCUUUUUAAUGUUUAUAACUGAUAUUGUUCAACAUUUUUGAUUCGUGAGCAAAUGAAAGCUUCCAGUGUUUGUCUUAGAUUAAGCUCUAGCUAAACAGUCGCCAGCAGGUAAUUGCUGAAAGGGAAGUUGCAGUAGAGUAUGGUUAGCUUGGGGUUUAAGUCCUCUGGUAUUAAAUUAGCUUGUUUGCCUACAUGGCUGCCUCUAAGGCUGGCGAUUACUUUUCUGUUGAGGGAAAUGUGUCCUGCUGUCUUUUGGGAGGAUAAAUUCA